CCGUUGCUUUCCAAUUAUUGCGUUGGCUUGCGCAUGGAUUACCAAGGAACCAAUCUUAGAGAUUUCCUUCAAACUAAUGGGCGAGUGGUGCUUCAAAGAGUGGACAACAACUAUAGCCUGAGAUAUUUCACAGAAAAUGAGAUACGGCACAUCACCAAUGGAUAUUGCACUAUGCUGGGAAAAGGGGCAUUCGGUGAGGUCUACAAAGGAAUGCUGGAUGAUCAGUCCUCAGUUGCAGUAAAGAGAUAUAUACAUGGGACCCGGAAAGAGGAAUUUGCCAAGGAGGUGAUAGUGCACUCUCAAAUAAACCACAAGAAUGUUGUUAGACUCUUGGGCUGCUGCACGGAGGAAAAUGCUCUAAUGAUUGUCAUGGAGUGUAUCUCCAAUGGAAACCUCUACAACAUCCUUCAUUGCAGCAACACUGAUGGCCACGUCGGUCGUGUUCCCUUCCCUUUGGUCAAACGUUUAGACAUUGCUAUUGAGGUUGCUGAAGUACUAUGGUGCAUGCAUUCGAUGUAUAGUCCCGUUCUUCAUGGUGACAUCAAACCUUCUAAUAUACUGUUAGACGAAGAUCUUGUACCAAAGAUAUCAGAUUUUGGAAUAGCAAGGUUGCUUUGUGCUAAUGGGGCUCAACACACCAAAAAUAUCAUUGGUUCCAUUGGUUAUCUGGAUCCUGCAUUCUGCGAGAAUGGAAUUCUAACCCCAAAGAGUGAUGUUUACAGCUUUGGAGUGGUUUUGCUGGAACUUAUCACCAGAAAGAAAGCAGUUGAUGGGACCAUUAUUCUUGCUCAAAGUUUCACUGAGGCCUGUGAAAAAGGGAAGAAGGUGAUGUUUGAUGAGGAAAUCAACGAUACAAAAAACAUGAAGUUUCUUGGAGACAUUGGGAAGCUAGCAACUAAAUGCUUGAGGAGGGAUGUCAAAACACGUCCUGAAAUGGUUGAAGUAGCGACCAAUCUAAGGAUGAUUAGAAAAUGUAUGCAGGGAGAACAAGGAAAUAUUAGUCAGCAGAAUACUAGUUUGCCAAACAACUCAAUUUCCCCAAAGGAAGUAGGGUCAGCAGCUCACCAAUUUGGCAAUCUGAAUAUCUUCACACAAGAGGAAAUGAAGAAGAUGACAAGAAACUACAGCAUGACCUUUAGGGAAGAGUUUCGUGAACGUCUAUACAGUGGAGUCCUUACCAAGGGCCAUCCAGUUAUAGUAAAACAACUUAUAACACGUUCAGAAACUGACAGAGAGAUGUUUCUGAAGACUAUGCGCAUAUUGAGUCAAAAGAAUCACAAAAACGUCGCGAAUGUUGUUGGCUUCCACUUAGGGGAAUCCAUUUCAGAGUGUGUAUAUGAAUCUUGCUGUGGUUUAUCCCAGUCAAACGAUGGUUCCAUAUCACUGUCUAACAGAAACCUUUAUGAGACUAUCUGCUCCAGGGAAAAACUUCCUCUUCAUAUACGUUUGUCGAUAGCAGUCCAGUGCGCAGAGGGCCUGGUUCAUAUCCAUUCAUUAGUAGCCGAAAAUCCUGAAUCACGUGGCACUGGCCUCUCUGGAAAUUUGAGGUCUACCAAUAUAUUUUUGGACAACAACUUCGUGCCAAAAGUCUUUAACGCUAACUUAUCAACAUUUCUUGGCCUUUCAGUUGUGCAGCGAUAUGCGGUAUCUGUUAUUCGUAUUUAUGAGCACGAAUCAAAAAAGUAUUAUUCAGAUCCAAUGGAUGUUUCUGGUCAGCUGUUCAACCCCAAAUCUGAUGUUUAUAGUUUUGGAGUUAUUCUUUUGGAACUCGUCACUUGGAAGACAGUAAGAUACAUGUCUGAUGGAAGAGCUCACGUGCUUACAACAGACAUCCUUGGUACUUGUAGAACAGACCAUAAUGCAACAAAUAUAUUUGGCAAGAAGGUUUACGAUGAACAAGGAGGGUGCUUUCUACAUGAGGCCAUUGCCAUUGCAGUUGAGUGCUUAGAACUUGAUCUCCAAAGGCGGCCAGAGAUGAGUGAUGUACUUUCCCGUCUCCGGAUCAUCGCUGAAGCUCAGAGUAUCAGAAGCAAACUCAUGGGUACACAAAACGAAAUCUCUCACGACAAUAAACCUAGCCAACACUUGGCCCCUACCCAUGUCAACAACGCUGCUAAAACUCUGCCAACUCCUGCAUCGACCAUUUCCAUGGACAAACUGAAGAAAAUAACCAGGAACUUCAGUCAUGAUGUUCUAAUAGGAGAAGGCUCACACACAAAAGUUUUCUUCGGGGUGCUUAAAGAUGGACGAAAAUCUGCGGUGAAGAAACUAGAUUCUAAUGAAGACAUUCUAGUGCAGAUUCCAGCUAUUUCAGGAAUGUCGAAGCAUGAAAAUGUUAUCGAACUUCUUGGAUAUUAUUUCAAAGAGAAAAUUCGUGUUCUUGCUUAUGAGUACGCACCAAGGGGCUCCUUGCAUGAUAUUCUUCAUGGUAAGAAGGGUGUCAAGGGAGCCCAACCAGGACCACCUCUGUCAUGGGUGCAGCGUGUGAAGAUUGCUGUAAGUGCUGCAAAAGGGCUUCAGUUCCUCCAUGAGACGGUGGAUCCUCCUAUCAUCCACACCAACAUCAAGUCCAGCAACAUACUUCUCUUUGAUGAUGAUGUUGCAAAAAUAGGUGACCUCGGUGUCUCAAGGAUUGUGGUCUAUGACUACGGUUAUACCUCUCUUCGUCGUCCGUAUGAUUAUGAAUAUGAAUAUGAAUAUGAAGCACCUGAGUGCUUAAUGACAGGACAGUAUAGCAUAAAGAGCGAUAUCUACAGGUUUGGGGUUGUACUGUUGGAACUUUUAACCGGUCGUAAAUUAGUUGAUCAUACACUGCCGCGUGGCCAGAUGGGCCUUGUGACAUGGGCUACACCAAGGCUUAGCAAAGAAAAGGUGAAACAAUGCAUAGAUCCAAGGCUUGGAGGAGGAUACCCACCCAAGGCUGUCGCCAAGAUGGCUGCUGUUGCUGCGCUGUGCAUUCAGUACGAGGCGGACUUCCGGCCCAGCAUGAGCAUCGUCGUUAGUGCUCUGAGCCCGUUACUGCAAAGCACGUCAAGUAAUCACCCCAGCAUUGGUGAAGCACCUGGAGUGUGA